CUUGAGAGGCUGAGAGGAGAAAGCAGUUCCGCCGAGGGAGACGGUGGGUGGAAAUCGUCCCCGGUGGCGGUGAGAGUGUUCAGUGGACGUUGAGGCUUAGACUCGCUUCGCCGGAAAGAGAAGAACAAAGAAGAUCGGGAAGAACUGUCCGCCGGAGUCCGUCGCCGGACGGAGGAAGAAAACCGUUCGUGGAGCAGGCUGCCGGAGCUGCUGUCGAGAUCUCUCCUGGAGGAUGACCGCCGCUUGGAGCUACAGGAGAUCCAGUCGCAGGAGCAGGAAGAUGAUGCCGCCGCUGUUCGUCGGGAGGAUAAGCCGCUGCCUGGUGCUUUGGAAGCUGCUCCUGGAAUCGCCGGAACGAGCCCCUGCCCAGGCGCCUGGUGCUGUUGGUUGCUGGAGCAGACCACCAUCGAUCCGUCGCCGGAGGAGUAACCGUCGAUUGGAAAAUUUUGUCUGUCUCUCGGCUGAAUUCCAGAAUAGAAUCUCCCACCGAAUGAGGAAGAGAAGCAGGAGAAGGAGCAGUACAUUGAUCCGGCUUCCCAUCGUCGUUUUCCGCCGGCAGCAGAAGGUUCUCCGGCAUCACAUCUUCCUCUCGUCCGUAAGUUUCAGGUAGUUUCGAAACCUCCCAAAAUUCUUCUAUUUCAAUUCCGAAAUCUUCGAUUAAGCACUAAACCUCCAUCAUCCAUCAAGGAUUACGAUAAAAUACUGUAGAAGAAGGUUAAAUAUUAUCUGUUCGUUCAUAUGUUUGAACACAUUUCUGAACUGUUUUUCUUUUCCGUUCAAGAGAAUUCUUGUUCUUCACCUUGCUUGGAGUUUCAGACUGUUCUCUUGACACAUGCACCAAACUCUUUUAAGAGAUGUUUGGGCAGCCAAAGUUGUGUAAUCUUCAUUCUUGAGUUAAUUGCGACUUUUAUUCUUUU